AUGAACGCAUACCUCGGAUGCGAUACCAUUGAUAACUUUGCACAUUCAGCACCGGAUGCGGUUGGUGGACUCCAAACCGGCGCCUUGGUCGAUGCAGAUGUCCAUGCGGAAGCGAAAGGCGCGAAAAGCAACAACAGCGCGGUGAUUCCGUUUGACCUCAAGGCGCAGGUGGAACAGUUCAUUACAUACAACAAAGGAAGACGAAUCAUUCCGCAACGCUUUCGCAAGAUGGAUCAGUGGACGUACUUUACCGUCUUUUUCGGCCUGUGGGAUCUCUUGGAAUACUCGGGGGUGGAGAGGCGCAAAGGCAUGGUCGCGAUUGAGAAGAGCAUCGACGCUCUCUUCCGCGAACUUGACGUCUUGGCACAGCACACGAUCUUUCCGCCGAAAGUCAUUAUCCCGAAGAUGAUUGACGUCACCUUUCUUCCCGUGUUUCAAUCAAAGAAGAAGGCUAUGCGUGGGGCUGCCUUCGCAGAGACUCAACAUCAGCUGGUACUCCUGUACUCGUACUGGAACAGUGUUUUAGUCCAAGCCGCGUCUCGUUGGAAGAAUGGCACCGUAUACAUGCCAGAGCCGAAUGACUUGAUCAUGCAGGAAGUUCGGGCCCAGCAGCUGUACAUGAGACAGAUCUCUGAUGCGGCCGGCGUGGGCAAGCAAGCACCUCUUUUCGAAUAUGUUGAGCAGCCGUGUCUUGCUUCGCAGAGAAGUAAUGCGAUCGCGCUGCAGGUAGCCGACGUUCACAAAUGCUCCGCUCCUGCCGAACACCUAUUUUGGGACGAUAUUCAGCUCAGCGGGCCUGCCCAUGAACUAAUCGGAAAACAAGCCGCCCUCCUCGUACGCGGGAACCUAACCGUCGACAUCCAGCAGGGGCUGCGGGGCUCCGACAAAGGAGAGGAAGCAGAUGUAGAAGAGGGACAGAGUUUCAACUUGAAAUUCCCUCCCGGCAUACAAGGCGGAGACAAGAGCCCAGCUUCUCCAAUGGAUGACUCCAAGCCUUCUCGGAACUUGCGUAAGAGCAGUCGAAUCCAUGAGACACGUUCGGCUCCUACAUCAAGUUCCACUGCCGAGCGCAACAAGAAGGAAGAGCAAACUUCACCCGCUUUGACGUCCCCUCGAGCUACGAGAAAGAGACUAGCUUCUCUCACAGAAGUGCCUGAGAGAGAAAAGUCUGUGAGUCCAGCAGAAGACGUGCCACCUCUGAGUGCUACAUCUACCACGGCUACAUCUCCAGACUUUACAGACCACGUCUGCUUGUGUCAACCAGAGCCGAAAAUACCCCGCCCAAGGAAUGCGUUCAUCCUGUAUCGACAGUAUCACCAGCAAGGAGUCAUCACGUUGAAUCCUGGUCUGAACAACCCUGAAAUCUCGAAGAUUAUCGGUGAGAAGUGGAAAGCUGAAAGUGACGAGGCGAAAAAGGAGUGGCAAGACCUUGCCCAGAGAGAGAAAGCUAAACAUCAAGAGACAUAUCCCGACUACCGUUAUCAGCCGCGUCGUAUCAGCAAGGCUGGGUCUUCACCACUGAAUCCCACUGGGCAACAUACCACAGUCGACAAGUACCGUUGCCAUAAGUGUGGUGGUCGCAGUAUAAAGACUCCUACUAGCCCAUUUCUCGACGCCUCCGGUACUCCCACCUUGCCACCUCCAAACAUUUCGGAGGGACUCACGCCAACGACGCGCUACUUGCCCGUGAUGAAUGGUCUCACCCUUAAUUCGCCAGUGGCUCAUCGCCGAACUCAUGGCCCGUCAGGACUUAGCAACAUCCAGGUGACUUCGUCAAUGCGAGAAGACUCGAUGAUGUAUAGUCCUCUCACACCGAAUAAGAAACGUCGAUGUGACAUCCCCCCGCCAUUAAAUCCAUUGAACCAAGUUCAAGGCCGUCGACCGGAUGGGUCUUAUUACUCUAUGCAGUUAGAGCGGCGAGGAUCUUUGCCACCGAUUAACGUGCGGUACUCACCGCCGAAUAGCGCAACCAUGCCUCCUCCUCGCACUCCUCGGGAUGGUCGAAUGAGCUCGGUGGUAGAGUUGGGCCCGCUACCGCAGGACUCCAGUCCUAAAAGUGUGGAAGAGGUCCUCAGCUCUCUCCCUUACCCACACAAGAUUAAGCUACUCGGUCGCAUAACGCCCCCUUACAAGGAGAGUAAUCCUGUCAGCGCAUUGAUCAAAGGAGGUCGCGGCGCCAUUAUCGCUGUUGAAGGAGAUGACUUGACUGCCGUUAAGGAGAUCUCUCAAUGGCUCAACGACUACCUCAUCAAGCAGAGAGAAUACGAACCCCGGAUUAGUGAGCCGCCCAAAGCUCCCCAAGAUAACGAGAACGAAGAUGUUACGUUUGAAGACUAUCUCGACUUGAUCAAGGAAUGGCACGGCAAGAGCAGAGAAAUGAUUCAAUACAUCAUUACACCCAUUACCCCGCCCGACUCGCCCAAGGAUACGACCAUGUCAGAUAAAGACUCGAUCGACACAGCCUCUCGUAAAGAUUCAGCCACGCCUCCUGACUCACCUUCGGCAGUUAGUGUUUCGACUGUCAAACCAGUAAUCAUCCUCCCCACUUUCCAACUUCAUUCGUCGAUUGCAUACGCAUCGCGCAUUCCUAUUCAAGACGCGUAUAGCGCAACGGAUCACUGGCAAUGGAUGGCGACGCUUUGGCGUGGCACCGUUGGCCCAGAUCUUACGCUAUAUGUAAAGAGCUACGAUGCGAAGGAGGGCCAGGUUGGACAUAAGCCCGAUCUGGAUGAUGUGAACAAGUGUUUAACCAUUUUCAAGGAGAAGAAGGGCAUGUUUUUAGAGGCAGACUUGAGGAGAGUUGGGUUCGAGGUUGGGGAGUGGAUCAAGGGGAUCAAAUGA